AUGUCAGAAAUUGUCGAAAUUGCAGAUAAAAGAGUUAACAACGUGUUACACGAGUUGAAAACGCUGCUCAAAGAUGAAGAAAACGAAGAAUACACGUACAAAAUAAGCGAAAACUUUUACAGGUUUUACAUAAGCCUGCUUUUGUACGACCCGAAUUGGAGCAUCGCUGUUAAUCUUCUACAAAGAACGAAAAUUGAGGAGUUUAUGAAAUUUCUAGUAAGACAAGUCAAGCUCGAGCAAGAACUUUCAAUGGUUGUACUCAAAUUGCAAUACCACACGAGGAAAACCUUCAAUCGCAUCCAAACAUCCGAGGACAAGAUUGAAUCGCAACGUUUAAUAAGGCUAAAUUCUAAGUUGUAUCCAUUAAAAGUAUCCAUUCUAAGAUCCAACCCAGGGGAUAAUCUCAAAGCGGUGUUUUACAGAUGCGUUGUUUAUUUUUCUCUACUGACCGGUAUGGGAGAUUUCAAAUAUGAUAAGGAAUAUGCCGUAAACGCCCAAGUGUUGAAAAGCGUUAUGAAUUUAGACGAAUUGAAAGAACUCCUGAAGCUCCCUUUUCAAGAUAAAACAAAACGUUUCGAGCAAAUCAUCGAAGUUUGCACGGGUAUUAGGAUUUACAAUAAAGAUUGCGGAUUGCUCUCCGACGGCCUCAAUGAUAUAAUGAAAGAUCUAACAAUGAUGUUACACGGAUUGUUGUUACAAACGCAAAAGGAUUCCGAUAUACUGCAAACGAAAAUUACCAGAGUGACGGAAUUUCUUCGCAAGUGCUUCACCCUUUACGAAAUCGAAGGAAACGUCCUAAUGUCUACAAAUUUACACCCGAAAUUGUCUCAAGAUAUGUUGCCAACGUACAUGCACUUGCUAUUGCUUUACAAGCAAAGCUUCAGAGACAUGCAGGUAAUUGAUGGUAUUUUAAAAGAAAUUCUGGACAAAGUUUUGGUAUUAGAACAAAGAAUGUUUAAAGAAUUGGAGAGAAUACGAGAAAUAGUAUCACCUGAAAUGUUAAUCAGCGCCGACCUAAUAUUUCCUUACUUCGAAUAUUUGUCAUUUUUAUGGAACAAACUAAAGGACAAGUACCUCCUGGUAGAAUACGUGGUUGAUCAAGCAUUAACGAUUGUUACCAAAGUAGAAGAAUUUAACGGUUUCUACAGCACGCUUUUUUACAAUUAUGAAGAUUUUCAAUCUCUGCAUAGUAAAGGGAGCGUCGUUAGUACGAUGUACAGGAAUUCCGAUUGCACGAUGAUUGUAUCUGAUCCGGUAGAAAACGAUGAAUUAGAAUUCCGCGGUUAUUGCUGCGUUAUGUUGACGUUCACUAAAGGGUUCUUAGUCCAAGGGGAGGAGCAAUUCGGAAUAGUCAAAUACAAGGGAAGGUGUUACAUAUUUUCUUCGAAACUCGCCGUGACCGCUUUCUACUCGCAACCGGAAUAUUUUACGAAAAGCGUGAUACAAUUGGCGCGUACCCAUUGCGGAUUAAUACAUUAUCUCGAUAUAGAAAACGAGCUAGAUAAAUUGAAAUAUGAAAUAGAUAUAGUCCCGGAAUUACCGAGUAACGUACUGACCUCCGACGCGAGUUGUCAAGCUGAUGGCGAAAUGAUGGAAAAAUAUAUCAACAGUCAAUAUUCCUCGAGCCUUUGGUUUUACAAGCAGCAAGCCAUACGAAUGGCGAACCUGUCGCAUUGCGAAUCUAAAUCGGUGAAUACCAGCAAGAAAGCCAAUAUAGGGGUAAUGUCUACUCAAAUAUACCGCCGGAAAGACAAUUGUACUCAAACAAGGGCUGAUCAAAGUACCAAUACGAACAAAUGUUUGUCUUUCAUAUACGGUCUCAGAGGCGUUAAAAAUGACAGGCAAAUUCAGUUGUUAUCUAAAUUGUAG